GGUCGGCUUCUACGGCUUAAAGAUCCCGACGAUGUGGAGAUUUUGGUACUCUCGUACUACUACAUGAACUCGGGCCUCAACCUACAUCAGCUCUGUCACGAUCUCCACGCUUACAAUGCGUACUCCAGAAUUCAGCAAAGCACCAGAACCCUAGAAGACCAAGGCGGUUACUUUUGUUGUUAA